AUGUCCAAGGCCAUUGUCAAAACUACAUUCGAGGCGUCUCGCACGCUGCGCCCUAUUUAUACCGGCGGCAGCACGUCGCUCGACGCUAGCGGUCGCAUCUUGCUAACCUGUGUGGGCGAAGAUGCUCUGAUCGUGGAUUUGGAGACUGGUGACCAGCUCGCCAGUCUGGAAGGUGACGGGGAAAUUAUAACAAGCUUGGCCAUUUCGCCCUCUGCAUCGCACGCCAUCGUCUGCUCCCGGUCAAUGUCUAUGCGCAUCUACUCGCUUUCGCCUUUCGACGAGAACUCCAAGACCAUCGAGGCCGAACUCGUCCGAACUCUGAAGCCACACACCGCGCCCGUCAUCUCAACCACAGUUGACCAAUCCAGUACUCUUCUGGCUACUGGUGCUGCGGACGGUAGCAUUAAGGUCUGGGAUAUACGCGGUGGUUAUGUCACGCAUAAUUUCAAUGAUCGCGGCAUCAUCUCUGCUCUUUGCUUCUUUGAGGUCUCUAUUUCAGAGGAUACGAAACCGGCUAGCAAGAAGAAGUCCAAGAGGCAAGAUAAUGACGAGGAUAUGGAAGAUGCUGCCACUACUGCUACAGACUCCACGGUGGGAUUCCGACUUGCAAGUGGUUCCGAGGAGGGUAAGGUGCGGGUGUGGGAUUUGCAUAAGAGAAAGUCCAUUGCUGCACUGGAGUCGCAUGUCUCUCUUGUGCGCAGCCUCUCUUUCUCCCCGACAGAGAAUGCCCUCCUUUCCGCGUCCCGCGAUAAGACCGUGAUAAUUUGGGAUGCACGUACAUGGAAGACCCGCCGGAUUAUUCCCGUCCUCGAAAGUGUGGAAGCUGCCUCUUUCAUCGCCGACAGUGGGCUGUGCGUCAUCGGUGGAGAGAACGGCAAAUUGCGAGUUUGGGACUGCAAUCGAGGAAGCGAGGUCACCGCAGAGCAGGAGGCCGGAGAAGAAUUCGAGACCAUUGUGGCCAUCCAGUACUCCCCGAACCUGCCUUUCGUCAUGACUAUUCAUGCGGAUCAGACGAUCCGUCUCCACUCCGUCGAGCUGCUGUCUGAUUACAAGCCAGGAUCGACCAUUGAGCCAUUGGAGAUCACGCGCCGAAUUUCUGGAAAUGAUGACGAAUAUAUCGAUCUGGCUUUCGCUGGUCCUGAUCGCUCGAUGCUUGCUCUUGCCACGAACACAGAGAGCAUUCGCUUGGUGUCCGUGGCUCCCUCGGAGGACCGUCCGUCCACCCAGGGUGAAGAAUUCUUCGGUGCUGACAUUCAGCAUCUGGAAGGCCACGAGGAUAUCAUUAUCUGUCUUGAUGUAGACUGGUCUGGUCACUGGUUGGCAACCGGAGCGAAGGAUAAUACAGCCCGCCUCUGGCGCCUCGACCCCAAGACUUCUUCUUUCCAGUCUUUUGCCGUCUUCACUGGACACGCCGAGUCACUAGGCGCAAUUGCUCUGCCACGGGUACCACCCCCGACCGGAACUCCCGCCUAUAACGACCCAGUCAAUCACCCACCUGCAUUCCUUAUGACCGGCUCCCAGGACCGAACCAUCAAGCGAUGGGAUACAGGCAAGCUCGGUCAGCUCAAGAGUGAUAAGCCUCACUCUCCCAAGGCUGUCUACACUCGUAAGGCGCACGAGAAGGAUAUUAACGCCUUGGACAUCGACUCUGCAUCUGCUCUCUUUGCAUCCGCUUCCCAGGAUCGUACCGUCAAGAUCUGGGACGUGGAAGAGGGAGCUGCAGUGGGUAUUCUGCGUGGGCACAAGCGAGGUGUCUGGUCAGUGCGGUUCGCCCCGAAGAACACUCCUAUCGUCAAUACCGAAGAUGGGACCAGCACAAGUCGCGGCCUAGUUGCUACGGCAUCUGGUGAUAAGACAGUCAAACUCUGGAGUUUGUCUGACUACACUUGUCUCCUGACAUUUGAAGGCCACACAAACAGCGUCCUCAAGGUGAUCUGGCUCCCGCCUCCUCAAAUCUCCAAGAGUGACGAGGACGAGGAGGACGAAGCAUCGACCGGCAAGAAUGCUAUUCACACAAGGCCCCUUCUAGCCUCCGCUGCUGCUGAUGGGUUGGUCAAGAUCUGGAACCCCUACACUGGCGAGGCCGAGACAACCCUGGACAAUCACACAGAUCGAGUCUGGGCCCUUGCUAGCCCAACGCCAUCUGGGUCCAGAAGCGAUGUCAAGCGAACCUCUUCCAAGGUUAACAGCACACCUUUUGCCCUUGUCAGUGGAUCCGCCGACUCGACGGUAACUUUCUGGACUGAUACAACCUCCGCCACCUACUCCGCUGCUGUGAAUGCCGAGUCCGAGCGCAUUGAGCAAGAUCAGCAACUGCAAAACCACAUUCGCGCCGGCAACUACCGCGAAGCCAUCACCCUUGCUCUCCAGCUCAACCACCCUGGCCGCCUGCUGUCCCUUUUCACCGCUGCCAUUGACGCCGCUGAAGACCCGACCCGGUCCGAAGCAGAACGCGCACUCGCAGCCAACAGCUUGACCGGUAACCCCGCUAUUGACGAGGUUCUCCAAACUCUGGGCACCUCUAACCUCCGCACACUGCUCCUGCGCGUCCGUGAUUGGAACACGAAUGCACGCACAUCGCGUGUCUCUCAACGCAUCCUUUACGCUCUCUUCCGUUCAUACCCUGCCUCGACUUUCGUCGAGCUGGCCACGACAUCCGUGCAGGGCAAGAAUGGCCGUGCCGGAGGCGGCUUGAAAGAUAUCAUGCAGGGCUUGGCCGCGUAUACCGAGAGGCAUUACAAGCGUAUCGAGGAGUUGGCUGACGAUAGCUACCUGGUCGAAUGGGUGCUUAAUGAGAUGGACGGCGGUGUUGGUCUUGGUGGUCUGAUGGAUCUGAAUAUCAAAACUGAUGAUGUCAAUGGAGACCUGGAAGAGCAUGAAAAGGAUGUGAUUAUGUUGGAGGCAUAA